AUGCGCGCGUUCAUUGCCGGCUGGCUGCUCGUGCUCGCCGCCUCGGUGGCCACCUUGGUGAGCCAUGCCGAGGCGGUACCCUUCUCCAUGCUGCCCAGACCGCAUCCACUCGUCAUCUGGCAUGGUCUCGGCGACAGCGCGCAUUCAGAGGGCAUGGAAUCGUUCAUGUCCCAGCUAAAGGAAGCCUUCCCAGGCCUCUACGUCCAUUCCGUCGCGCAGGACGCCACCAGCGACUCGGAAGACAGGAGGCAGGGCUUCUUCGGCCACGUCAACGACCAGGUCCAGCAGGCGUGUGACCAGCUCGCUCAGAUCGACGAGCUGCAGGGUGGCUUCGAUGCCAUCGGAUUCUCCCAGGGCGGACAGUUCCUCCGCGCGUACGUACAGCGCUGCAACACGCCCAAGGUUCGCAAUCUCAUCACGUUUGGCAGCCAGCACAUGGGCAUCGCCGAUCUGCCAGCAUGCGGCCCCACCGACCUGCUCUGCCGCGUCGCCGAGGCUGCGCUGCGUGGCGGCAUCUACACCGACUAUGCGCAGUCGCACCUGGUGAGCGCACAGUACUACCGCAACCCGAAGGACCCCAAGGCGUUUGCAGCGUACCUGGACAAAAACGACUUCAUCAAGGACAUCAACAACGAGGGCACCAUCACCAACGCCACGUACGCCAAGAACCUCGCCUCGCUCGAAAACUUUGUGAUGCUCAUGUUUGACAAGGACACCACGGUGGAGCCCAAGCAGUCGUCGUGGUUUGCCUCCUACUCGGUGCGCAACGAGAGCGAGGGCGAGGCGGCGCGCGAUCCGAACCCCAACGAGCCCACGCCGCUGCGCCAGAGCAGCAUCUACCUGGACGACCGCAUCGGGCUGCGCAAGCUCGAUCGUCGCGGCGCGCUCAAGAUGGAGCUCUGCCACGGCAUCCACAUGCAGAUUGAUCCGGCGUGCCAGCUUAAGGUGUUUGGCAAGUACGUCGGCACGCCCUCCACGGGUCUGGACAAUGCGGUGGCCACGUGGAUCGACCAUGCCUGGCGCUGGACGCUAUACAACACCACCGGUCUGCACGUCGAGGAUACGGCGGGACUGGUCCUCACGCAGACCGUGCUCUUCCUCGCCCUGUUCAGCGUGAUUCGCGUGUCGUUGGCGCUCAUCGUGCACGCCGUCCGCUUUGUGGGACGCAAGCGUGUCGACGACGACGCGCAGUCCGGUCGCGGCCCCAUCCAUCUUGCCUGA